AGAAUAAACUGUAGCUGUAACUACUGUUUAUUUACUACAAAAAAUCUCACUCGCUUUCCUUGUUUCAUGUAAACUUUUAUUAGUCAGCUAUUCUCCAAAGCAAUUUCGAUAAUUGAAAUUAAUCAGUUAAGUAGAAAUUAGUCCGAAGUAAACGGUAGCGAUGGCGGAAGACGAAAUGAUGAAAGCACAGCUGGCUAAACCUGGAGGUGAUACCAUAUUUGGUAAAAUUAUUCGUGGUGAGAUUCCGUGUAAGUUUGUAUAUGAAGAUGACAAAUGCGUUGCUUUUAACGACAUCAAUGCUCAAGCUCCUGUUCAUAUACUUGUAGUUCCACGUAAGCCUAUUAUCCAGCUAAGUGCCGCAGAAGAAGAGGAUGAGUCUCUCAUUGGUCAUUUGUUGCUUGUAGCUAAAAAGGUAGCUAAGGAACAGGGUCUGGCUAACGGUUUCCGAAUUGUAAUUAAUGAUGGACGGGAUGGUGGACAAAGUGUAUAUCAUCUCCAUGUUCAUAUUUUAGGUGGUCGCCCUUUACUUUGGCCACCUGGCUAAAAUAAACAUUACACUUCUCAAAUAUAACUAAAAUAAACAUUAUUACUACUUUUCCCACUGUUAAUUAAUACUGUCGAAUUUGAAAUAUGAAGUCUUCAAAUAAAAGCGCAAUUUUCUGAA